AGCAGGGGGCGCUGUCAGUCUGUUUCUGUUUGAGUUUCCUUUCAGUUUUGACUCCGUGAAGCAGCAGAUCAGCAGCAGACUGAAGCUGGAGCUGAACUCACGUCUGGACGGAAUCUCAGUGGUAAACAUCUGAGCCUGAAAACAGGACUAUGGGUAAUACCAUCAGCGAGGAGGAACAACUGAAAAGCUUUGUGGAGCAAGUCAGCGAUGGUCCAGAUCUGGGAGUUGAUCAGAAAAUUGUGAAGUUCUGCAGUCCUGAUUCGUCAGAGAACCUGAAACGAUACUAUGAGAAGAGGAAAAUGGAGACAGGCAACUUUGGUCAAGAUGCAGUCAAGAAAUUAUCAGAGAUGUUUGUCGGCUUGACCUUCGCCCCUGAACUGGCGGGCCUCGGAGCACUGGCCAUUGCCGUCCUGAUCGACCUAAUUUUUCUGAGUCCGUCUAAGGAUAGCACAAAGGAAGCUCUGCGAUGUGUGUUUGCAGAGGAGAAGGCCUCCGAGGUCUGGGAUCAGAUCGAUGAGUGUCUGAAGAGGUGCACCAUGAACAUUAAGAACAAAGUCCAGCUGAGGACCGACAUCGAGCGGAUCGAGUACAAGCUGAGUGAAGCUCUCACCAAGCUGAAGAACUCCAUGGUGAGGGAUGGACAGAUGACCUCUGAGGCUCUGAAGGCCUGGAUCAACGGGGCGGCCUUCCACAUCCAGAUGCUGAUCCACCUGGUGAGACUUGGAGGGAUUCCAGACUGCGAUCCUGUGGAGAGACUCAUCUCAACUUACAAGAGAGACCUGGACCCGCUGUUCAGAAAACACAAGGAAAUGAUAUAUAACAAGUGCAGUGGAGAUAUUAUCAGUAUGCAUGAUGAGGAUGGUAUAGUAAUGCUGGUGGGUGAAGAUUCACGGUCUUAUACUAUUAAUGAUGACAUCGGCUAUGACAGAUAUUAUGACGUUUAUUACGAUCACAGGUACGGCAGGCAGAAGUCUAUGGUUCAGCGGUACUUCAAUGACGUAAGAGAGAACCUGCACAGUCUGGUUCAUCAGAGAGGCUCCUUUAGUGUCUACUGAGACUCAGGCGGUGAAAUCUGAAGAGAUUCACCAAAAGUAUGCAAAUGUUUUGACCUGUUUGACUCAGACUUAACUGCAUGUCAUAGAUUUGUGAUUUGGACUCGUCACGACUGAUUGUAGAUUGUGGAUGUUUGGACUCAGACUUGUCUCGGCCUUGGAGGUCUUUCGACUCAGACCUGCUUCAGUAUCGUGGGGCUAUUAACUUUUUGGACUCAGACAGGACUUGUCAUGAUCUCAAGAGUGUUUCGACUCAAAUUCAUCAGUCAAACAUAUCUCAUUGUAACUCGGACUUGGGUGUUUUGACUCAAAAUGGUCUCAGUUUUAAGGUCUUUUUGAUGAAUAAAAGCUUAAGUUCAAACACUAA